CUAUCAUCAGCGUCUGCACUGAUUUGGGUUCUACGGUACCAGUAGCUAUUAAUAGCUAGCUAGACUAUGGUCAUAGUACUACGAAGGUGUUUGUGCGGUGUGCGAUGUACCGGUACCUGGUACUAGUCUAGUACCGUGCGGUACGCGUGGCGUGGCGGGUCGGGAGAGCACUCCACGGUUGGUUUGUCCACGCCAGCGUCCACGAAACAAUCUUUCAAGCGCGACAGGGUCGAAAGCAGCACAGCAGCGCAAAACCAGAAGAAGUCGUGGCUGCUCUCGAAAAAGGACACCCGGGUUGUGAUGUUAUGGUAGCACACUAGCGGCUGUCAGGCUAGCACUCUAGUAUUAUCUCCCGGAUACCGAGGGAGAUAUUACCGUUUGUCGUUUGGAAACGGAUAGAAAUUUUCCCAUGGCUCUGAGACUCAAGAUUCAGCGGGGUCUCGAACAGCAAUCCAUUAUGGGUGGGCCUGGCAAUGACGACGACACCAGUGAUGAAGAGGAUAUUGAAGAGGACGAUUCGGAACAUGUUCUGGACGAGGAAAUUAUUCAAGGACCCCUCGGCCAGUUUGGGUUGGACGACAGUCAACACUUGGUAUUAGAAGAUUCAGAAGAGGACUUGGCUGCCCACAAGGCGGCUCCUGAUGAAGACGAUGAUGAGAGCUCCUCAGAAGAAGCAGAAGAUGACGAUGGCGAGGAAGCUGCUCCCGCUCCUGAUCCUCCACCGCAUGCUGCUGCGCCUGCUCCUGUCGAAGAAGAAGAACCUCAAAAUGCAGAGGAACAACAAACCACAGAAAUCGAACCUGCCAAACCACCUGCUACCGCAAAGGGAGCUGCAUCUGAAGAGGAAAGUAGUGACGAAGACGAGUCAGAAGAGAGUGUGGAAAGCGGCAAAAACGAUGACGAAGAUUAUCAAGAAGAGUCUGAUAAUGAAGAAGAUGACCAAGUAGAGUCCGAGGAAGAGGAAGAAGAUUUUGGCAACACCUCGCGUAAACGACGACAACCUGCUCUCCGCAAACAACCAGCCAAGAAAAAACAGCCGGCUAAGAAAAAGCAGCCCCCCAAAAAACCUGCUGCUGCCAAGAAGCCACCGCCCAAAAAAGAAAAGGCUGCUCCAGCAUCGCGAAGCAAAAGAAAUGCCAAGGCUGAACUUGGUAGUAGCAGCAGCGAAGAAGACGAGGAGGAUUCAGAUUCUGAAGAUUCUGAAGAGAAUCCCGCCCCGGCAAGACGUCGCCGGCGACAACGACCGAAACAAAAUGCUACCACGCGACGACGAAUAUCUCCUCGAGCUCAACGCAAGGAGAAAAGGACCUCCUACAAGGAUGUGGGGAGUAGUGGUGAGGAGGAAAAUGAAAAUAAUGAUGACUCUAAUCAUGACGAAGAAGACACCAACCACGAUGACGAAGACUACCAAACCAAGGUAACGCCCAAGCGAGCUACGUCCAAACGAACCCCUUCUAGAGCUUCGGCAGCCAAAGCCACGGCCAAAAUGGCACAACUUCGUUACAGACAAAAAGCAGAAGACUCGGAGGAGGAAGAGUCUGAAGAGGAAGUAGAAGUUUCCAAGCCAAAAAGCCGGAAAAAGAAGGUGGAUUCAGACGAAGAGGAAUUUCAUGUGGAUGACAAUCAGGAAGAAGAAGAUGAGGAUGACUUUGAGCCUGAUGAUGAUGAUGAUGAUGGCCAAUCGUCUGGAGACAAAUCUGUUGUGAAAGGUGGCCGACGCCGCACACGACAACGAAGCAGUAAACAGGAGCAAGCAGUCGGCAAUGUCGAUAUCGACUUUGGAGAAGACGAAAUGAGUGACGAUGAUGACCCGCUUCCGAACAAGAAAAAGAGUGCUUCGAGACCAACCCGAAAAAAUGGGGCCAAUUCUCGAAAGCCCGCCCCGGAGCAGUACCACAGUAGCAGCGAUGAUAUGGACGAGAUUGCUCCAACGCCAACAAAGCCCAGGCUGAGCCAGGAGGAAAGAAUCCGGCAUCGCAGUCGUCGCUCGUCCACUGCACCACCCAAACUCCCCGCAUGUCCAAGUGAAACUGAUGCCAUCACCAACGAUAGUCUACCUCCUAUCCAUGUUUGUUACGUCUCUCCUGAUGGCAAAUCGCGACAAUGUUUUACUCUGGAAACCCUGCACAAGAUUGCUACCACCAGCCAUCAUCCGCAAUACAGGCAGAACUUGAGUGACCAGCAACAGCUCACGUUUUUACAGCCUCCUCAUUUUCGAUCGGCAAUGUCAGAAGACCUGUUGGACCAGAUCGCCUCACGCUUUGGCAGGCAAGCACUGGACCUAGAAGGGGACUUCUACAAGACAAACAGAGGAGGAUCACCAAAGCCGGCCAGUGACGAAGACGACGAUGAAGAGCCUCUAUAUCAAGUCAGUUUUACGAGUGUACACGCCAACGAGAAUCUUUUCAGGGCGAGUUGGAGGGAGUACCAGAUAAAGACAAUGAGCAACCAAGACCUGUAUCCAUGUCCUGUAUGCUAUUGCUGUGCACACCAUCGUUUGAUUUCGUCGGAGAAUCGAGCAAAAGAGAAGUCCAUCCGAGUUCCCGAUGAAUUCUCAUACGACCCCAUGACCAUCUUAGGCAGCCUCGACCAGGAAGAGUAUGAGACCGCGGCUGCAUUCUGCUUCAGAAAGAUUUCCGACGUCAAGAAGCAUUUGAGAGCGGAGCACGGUUGCAACACCACUCGCAUCGACAAUCAGGUCUUCUUUCGAUACAAAAUUCGUGAAACGGAUGGAUUGCUCCAACGCUUCUUGGCCAAAAACAGAACAUAUGGAAGGAAUCCCAAACAGGGGGAUAUGAGACGCUACUGGUACGAAGGAAACAGCGAGAGCUUCAUCUUUUUGUUGUACCAAAUGCAGGAACUUGAACAAUGUCUUCUCGAAGCGGGAAGUCAAGAGGAUGUUGACGACCCCCUUGGAGAGGCUAGAAAGUUCUUUCUAUCAUUUCAGGACCAAGCGCAAGAACUCUGGGAAACGAUCAUUGCCCCCUUCUCCCGUACGAACGAAGACAUUGGCGAAUUCUUAGCCGACGAAGAAGUAGAGGAGGAAGACGAAGGUCAACAUCGAGCACUUGAUCAUGAACAGAACGCUACCGCGCAACAGCAAGAGCGAGACGAAGACAAAGAGCUUGCCCGCUACUACCAAGAAAAGGCCGAACAAGCCAACGACGACGACGAUGCAAGUCGCUACUCUGACAAUGAGGACGUGGAAGAGUAUGCCCAAGAACCUUCCGAAUCUGAGGAAGAAGAAGACGAGUGGGUGCAGGGCAUACGCAACAAGGGCAAGAAACGAAGAGCAAGUUCCCCGGAGGCCCCUUCUCGUUCCAAGAAGAAGAGGGCCGCCGCACCCAAACCCAACAACGGGCGACGGCGCUUGUCAGGAGGGAGAAGGAAAAAGAAAGUCCCUUCGGACUCGGACGGCUCGGACGAAGACUUUGACCCUGAUGAGGGGUCCAAAAACAACAGGAAGAAGCGGGCCAUAUUGGAUGACAGUGAAAGCGAUUGGGAGUGAAGCAGGAAAAUCCCUCGGCGACUUCCGGCGGAGGAGUUUUACGAGUAGAAUCAAGGACUGUGCUGUGUGUGAUGCUUGUAAGCGGUAUCACGUUGGUUGUACUGGCGUGCUAUGGCGAUUAGCAACAGCUGUGUAAGGAUUGACAACUUUUUAAAUUGAGCUAUCAACUAUUGCAUGAACAAUGUAUACUAGUAGGGUACAAAGAGGGA